AUCAGUUAGUUUGGGAGCUUUGUCGUGAUUGUUUGAAGGUGGUCGUAGUUUUCGCACAUGUUUGACAAUGAGAUUUAAAGUCGUCUUACCUUUAUUUGCUAACUGAACAAUUUAUGUUAAUUUACUGACUUACGUUACUCAAUUCAUUACAUUACUCAAUAAAGUGAUUGAUUGAUUAAUUGAUACAUAGGUUUCUUCGCCGUAGCUAUUGUUAAAGUGUUCUCACAAUUAGAGUAUAGCUGACGCCAUCGUUAUUGGACAAAUGCCUUACAUUAUUAUACGCGGCAAUUUAGCGUCAUACAGCCAUAAAUAUCCCUGGCGUGUCUUGGUUUCCGGCCUAAAAGCGGAUGAAAUUGAACAGUUGAAUAAAUUUUCAUGUGGCGGUUACAGUGAUGAGACAACAAUAGUUUAUCUGGUGCAUCCAUGUCGAAUCUUAUCAGCGCUUGAGAUUUUAGGUUUUCGUGUGGUCGCUUCCUCCUCAACAUCCGUUAAGCAGGACUACAACGAGUAUAUGUGGACUAUGCGCAAAGAGUUCCACGAACCAGAGCCGCUAGAAACAGAAUCCGUUGUGCGUGAGAAUCUUUCGAAUAUAGGACGCGAAGCAGCUGGUUUGGGCAGCUAUCACAAAGUUGACUCGCCUGAAUAAGAAAUUAAAUAAAG